CCUGGUGGAACGAAGAAAAUGGCAGGUCUUGUGGCUGCGGCGCCGCGGAGGUGGGGGUGGCUCUGCCGGAGCCUGGUGCCCAGCGCAGGUGAGAGUAGAAGCGGCGGGCGUAGGCCCUGGGCGGCCUGGCGCUCCCCAUGUGUCGCCUGAGGUUGCUCCUAGCGCAUUGCCUGCGGGUGGGAACUGGCCCCUCGGCCACGGGCGGCCCGGGGCCCGGCCCGGCAGUUGCCGCCGCGCUAGCUGAAGGCCGUGAUCGCGGAGCUGGGCUUGUUCUGUUCUCUCUGACUCCAGGAGCCUUGUGGCAGAGGCGGUGCUGCUCGCGACAGGGGCCUGUAACCCGUACAGAGGAUCUGCUGAUACAAAUGGAAAAUCCAUACAAGGAGCCUCCUAAGAAAUGUGUCUUGUGUGGCAUACAUGUAAACUACAAGAAUGUACAGCUUCUGUCCCAGUUUGUGUCUCCAUAUACUGGUCGCAUGUAUGGAAGACACGUAAGUGGGUUAUGUGACAAGAAACAGAAAGAGAUUUCAAAAAGUAUUAAAAGAGCACAAGCACUUGGGUUUAUGCCAGUUGUAUACAAGAACCCAUCGUUUCGGAAUGACCCAAAGCUUUGCAAUAUCAAGUAUCCAGAAUAAGUUAGGUAAAUUGUCCAUAAAUCAACAAUAAAAUUAUUUUGUAAUUCA